GCCUGUUCUUCCAGUUAUACUCAAUUCUCUUUUCUCUCCCUAUCAUUCAGUGGCACAGUCACGGAAUUCGCAUACUUGACUAGGAAGUACAGGGCAUGAGCUGUAUUGAAUGCUUCAGAAACCCUCUGGUCAAGGUCUUCAAGUAUCACUCAUCUCGUGUAGGACAUUAUCGACAAUCUGUAACCAUUAAUGCUAAUGCCCGACUUGGAAGGCAGUAUAGCAAUCGAAACAUUCUCCCUUCAGGUAUGCAUAUGUGGGAGGCAAGGCACUUACAGUAUCUUCCUUAUAAACACUAAGGUUGCAAAAGAAUACAUAGGUUAUUCCGUGGUACAUGCAUAACGUAAACUCACCAAACGAUUGUUCCUAAGAGGGCGGUUAGCGUUACCUCUAAACUUCCGUCCUAGGAGAAAUCAUCUCAUAAGGUAGUCAGUCAAGUCAAAUCGUCCGAGCUCUUUCUCGUACCUGUUCUGUUAGGGGACCAGGGGACUAAUCACAGCUUAGCAUAGCCUUAGUCAGCGGCCUUCUUUGGAACGUAGUUUACCUAGCAAUAGACAGUGGACACAGACUUCCCACAAUAUCAACUUGAUACCCAUGACACGUUUCAUCUGCUCUGGCUAGCUAUUGAACACCUUUUUCCUCCUUCUUCUUUUCUUCUGCUUCUUCUUCUUCUGAUCUCUCAGAUCUCCAUUAAUUUACUAUAAUUACGUUGUACAUGCCACUAAUUUCUAUCAACUUCGACACUCGAUCAGCAAAUCCAAGAUGUCCUCCCGAUUACCUCCCUCUAGAGAGCUCUCCUGGGCCAAGCCUCUCUCUAUCGACCUCAUCCUCAAAGUCUUGAACGUGACUUUCCUCCACCCCUUCGUAGCUUGGAUGGUCCCGCUCUGCAUGCGCGCGCAAGCCAUGUCGUGGACCGCGACCGCGAUGCAAGUCUCCAUCAGCUACGCAAGUCUGCUCACAGCGCUAUACUUCCUCGGCGUCUUGAAUAGACAGAUCGCGUACUCGAAGCCGCGGAAAGUGGAUUUCUCCGAAGAGGUCAUUGUUGUUACGGGCGGUGCGAGUGGGCUGGGCCUGCUGAUCGCAGAGGUAUACGGCAUGCGAGGCGCGACAGUGGCGGUUCUUGAUGUUAAGGACUUGGAGGCUGGCGAGGCGAGGGGAGUGUCUGUGUACAAUUGUGAUGUUGGGGAUAAAGAUCAGGUUGCGAAGGUUGCGCUGGAAAUUGAGAGGGAUCUCGGAACCCCUACAAUUCUAAUCAACAACGCUGCAAUCGUCAACGGCAAACCCCUACUCGACCUCUCAACCGAUGAAAUCGACCGCACAUUCCGCGUUAAUGUCCUCUCCCACUUUUACACUAUUAAAGCCUUCCUCCCAGGCAUGAUUCGCGCAAAGACUGGUACAAUCGUCACAAUAUCCAGCGUUCUAGGUCAACUAGGCGCCUCUUCUCUGUCUGAUUAUACAGCAUCAAAAGCAGGAAUCACGGCACUGCAUAAAUCUCUGACUGCGGAGUUAAUAGACAAUCCAGAGAUUAAGACGAUACUAGUUUCUCCCGGACAGCUCAGUACACCACUUUUCGAUGGCGUGAAGACGCCGAACUCGUUCUUAGCACCAUUAUUGGAGCCAGUAGAUGUGGCGAAGGAGGUCAUUGCUGCGAUUGAUUCGGGAAGUAGUGCAGUGCUAGCAAUGCCGUUGUAUGCUAGGUGGAUUGAUUGGAUGAAUGUCCUGCCUGUUGGGGUGCAGAGCAUUGUAAGGAAGCUAGCAGGCGUGGACUCUGCUAUGAAAGGGUUUGUAGGGAGGAGUGUAAGAGAGAAGGAGAGCUUGAUUUGA